AUGGCUCGAGGAGAGUGGAGUCGCGUGACGGACUUGGCGGACGCCGGCCUUGUCCGCCCCGCAGCGCGGUCCGAGCACAUUGGAGCCUGGGAUGAAGCGAGGCAGGUGCUGUUGAUCCACGGAGGAAGCAACCUCGAAGGCGACUUGUGGGCUUUCGACGCCACAUCCGAAGCAUGGACCCGCACGGUGACGGCCGUGGCGCCGGCAGCUCGCGCUGCACAUGCGGCGGGCUGGGAUCCUGCCAAGCAAGCACUAUGGGUGCAUGGCGGGCACAACAGCCAAACAAAGACUUGGUUUCGGGACGUGUGGAGAUUUCAGUCUGGAGCCUGGACGCUCGAGUUUGACGGUGCCGGGCCUUGCGGAAGGCAAGCACACGUGGCUGUUUGGGUUUCGAGCACUUCUUCUCUUUGGGUGCACGGCGGCUGGACCGGCAGUCGCCGCUUGUCAGACUUGUGGAGCUACAAUGACCAGGCUCACGGAUGGCAGGAGCUGGCUCCCGUGGCACCAAGCGGGGUGCCACCGGCACGCUCGCAUCAUGUUGCAGUGUGGGAUGGGACCGGCCAGGCACUCUGGAUGCAUGGGGGUUACAGUGACUCCUUGCUGGGGGAUCUGUGGACUCUGGAUGCUUCCGGCCUCAGUUGGACUGAAGUGGUCUCUGAUGGAGGCCCAACCGCAAGGUCAGGCCAUGCUGCGGUGUGGGAUGACGCCAACCGCAGGCUCUGGCUACACGGCGGCAACGACGGCUUCCUGAAGCGGGAACUCUGGAGAUACGAGACCGGCAGCAACAUCUGGAGCCUGGUUGCAGAACAUGCAGGUCCUUCAGGACGCUGGUCUCAU